AUGGUGCAGUGGCAGGCCACCCGUAGUUCCAUAGCCGAUUUCUUUGGGGCCAAUCUACCAGUGUCAUUCCUACGGACUCACUCGGAUUCCAGGACAGUGACAAAUCUGUCUAAAUCCACGGAUUAUGGCUGCUCGGAAUCAGCAGGCGCACGAGGACCUAUAUUUCUUUACCAGAAUAAGAUCGUCCAUGGACCGAACCUCAGGGGGCCUACUAACAUCCUGUUAGACUUUAACAUGUCUGCAGACUUAAUGUUCGAUUCCGAUAGUUCCCUAAGUCCCGCGAGUGCGGAAGUGAGGGAUCUGAUGGAAUUCGGUGUUCGUCCCCGGCUGCUUGAUUAUUUAAGCGAUGGUGAAUCUACAGAUUGGACAGAUGAAGAAACAGACACAGAAGAUGAAAUCCAGACGGGCAGCGAUGUUGAAGUUAUACCAGACCAUAUCAACAUGGAAAUUAAAGUUAAGAUCAAUAAAGAAAGUUGUAGUGGAACGUUAAGUGAAGAAGUAGGAAAGAACUCAGAAGAUGUCAGCAAUGGUGUCGAGAUCAAGACAAAUGAUCCAGCCGUCGAGGAUCACAACGAUGAGCCAGCAAUCCUUAACAAUCCAAUAGAACAAGAUGCAAAGAAUGGAGAAGAAACCAGCAAUGGGAUCCAAGUAGAACCAAAUGAUCCAGCCGUUGAGGAUCAAAACGGUGAAAGAACAAUUAUUUACGAUCCAAUAGAACAAUUAAAUAGCCCAGAGGAAGACAGUAACUGUGUCCAGGUAGUACACAAUGAUCCAGCCGGUGUGAGUCAAAACGAUGAAAGAACAAUAUAUGACUGUCAACAAGAACUAUCCUACAGUUCAAGCAUGUUUCUGAUCUCUGUACCCCUUUCCAUAGAACUAAGACAUUUGAAUAUUCCUUUAUUGCCCGAUGCACUGUCCUCUAGAAUUCCUUGCAUCUUAUAUCCACCACGCCUCUUCCUUAUCCUAAUUCAAAUACUAUCUUUACCAAUUCCUUCUCACAACCCAAAAUGA